AUGCACCAACCCCGACUUGCCGACCUCUUCGAAGAAUUCACAAAACCACACAUGUCCACCGCAGGCAUAUCAUCCGACUCCCAACACCAUAUCUCCCAAUCCGCAGGCACCCACCAAUCAACCAACCCCGCAUACGGCUCCUCCUCCCCCUCCAAUAUCCCCUCCUUCCUCCCCAUCGAAGACAUCUACCUCCAACGGCAAUACCAGCCCCCAAACCCGGAAGACGAAGAUGAUGUCGUCCCGCAUCAACAUGCCGUGUUCGGAAUCACGCGGGCCAUGGAGCGCAGGCAGGAAGCUGUGUGGAGGGAUUUGGGUCUUGAGGCGCUGGUGAAUGGUCAGGGACAUGGUGGUAGUGGUGGUGGCGCGGGGGCUGGAAAUGGUGGUGCUGCUGGUGCUGGUGCCUCUGGGGGUGUGGGUUUGGGACUUGGUGCGACGUUGCGUGGUAGUGGCGGUGGUGCGGCGUCUGCUGCGUCGGCGGCGGUUCGGGUAAGGAGUGCUGGGAGGAAGAUGGGUGGGCGACGGGUUAUCACUUUGCGUUGA